AUGUCUUACAGCAACCGUGAUAACGAGAACUACUAUGUGCUUCUUGAAUAUGAUGUGCUGACAAGUGUUUUUUCCCAGUCCUCAGGUCGUUCUGGAAAUGAUGGCAGCUACGGCUCCAGCAACACCGACAGCUAUGGUUCAUCUGGCCGUGGCAAUGACUCCUAUGGCUCCAAGUCCAGAGACAAUGACUCCUAUGGAUCCUCCGGCCGUGAUAACGACUCCUAUGGCUCCUCCGGCCGUGGCAGUGACUCCUAUGGCUCCUCCGGCCGCGAUAACGACUCCUACGGCUCCAAGUCCAAAGACAACGACUCGUAUGGCUCCUCCGGACGUGGCAACGAUUCCUAUGGAUCAAAGAGAGAAAACGACUCCUAUGGUUCCUCCGGCCGUUCUGGAAAUGACGACAGCUACGGAUCGAACAAGUCUUCCAGCAACACCGGUUCCUAUGGAUCAUCAGGCAACGACUCCUAUGGUUCCUCCGGCCGUUCGGGAAAUGACGACAGCUACGGAUCGAACAAGUCUUCCAGCAACACCGGCUCCUAUGGUUCCUCCGGCCGUUCUGGAAAUGACGACAGCUACGGAUCGAACAAGUCUUCCAGCAACACCGGCUCCUAUGGAUCAUCAGGCAACGAUUCCUAUGGUUCCUCCGGCCGUGGCAAUGACAGCUAUGGCUCUAAGUCCAGAGAUGAUGACAGCUACGGCUCAUCUGGCCGUUCUGGCAACACCUAUGGCUCUGGCUCUGGCAAUGACAAUGAUUCUUACGGAUCCAAGUCUCGUACUUCUGGAAACACCUACGGCUCUAAUGACAACGACAACGACACCUACUCGUCAUCCAAGAAGUCUGGCAACACCUACGGCUCGAACAAUGAUGACUCCUACGGAUCCAAGUCUCGCACCGAUAACACCAGCUCUGGCUACUCCCGAACUGACAAUGACGAUGACAACGAGAAUAAGUCCGCUACCUCCAAGGUCCUCGGCAAGGUUGGUGAAAUGAUUGGCAACAAGCUGUCUGGUAGCGGUCACGGAGAUUCCAGCUCCAACUACUAA